AUGGAUUUCUAUAGGUACGUCAUUUCCUACGGCGAAGUGAGGACUGUUCACCUCACAGAAACAGGCGUCCGAGGUGAGCACUAUAGCCACAGUGUACCCUCUCCUUCCUUGCAAAGAAUUAUACCAUUGACGUGUUUGCCCGUCUCGAUCACGGGGAAGGCAGGACCCGGAGUGAGACUGAGUGCUGCCACGUUGGAAGAUCCAGACCCUGAACCAGUCAACAGCCUCCUCGUGAACAGCGCUAACACAAGCUCCCUGCACGUGAUCUGGGCGUCGCUCGAGAACUGCCUCGACCACUACCACGUCUGUUACUACGAACCGAGCACGCCCUUCGAAACGUGCCAAGAUAUAACAGAAAGGGAGAUUCACCUCCGUGACCUAAAACCUUGUACAUCUUACACCGUCUUCGUCAGUACAGUUUCUUUCUCUGGAAUCGUCAGCAACAGGACGUCUCAGUCGUCACGCACUCUGGAUGUCCAGCCCGGAGAUCCUCAGAACUUAAGGGUUACAAGCGAAACGGCACACACCAUCGAGAUCAAGUACGACCCCCCGACGACCAACCCCCAGUGUGCCAACGAGUACGACAUCCAGCAGAUAAAACUCGACAGCUAUCGACGCGCAUCACAGCCCGAGUUCAUGCAAGAGAUCAUCUUCUCCGACAUGGAGGCGUGCACGAACUACGAAGUGCGUGUGAGAGCCGUGUCGACCGAUAAACAGGCCAGUUCGUGGGUGUCGACCAACGCCUCAACCUCGGAAGACUUCCCUAACAAACCACAGAGCUUCGAAGUGCUUAAAAACGCCCGCCUCGCCGUGUUUUUGUGUGGGGAGGGGGGACGUGAUGCCAAACCGGUGCUCGGAUCCCCCAUUAAAACGUCCCCGGAAUCACCUGUCGGUGCUCGGGAGUCGGCUGUACUAAACGCGUCCCCAGGGGGAAGACGAGUUGAGGUUCCCGGGAACACGCAGAGCCCCGUCAGAACGCCAACGAGGAAGCUGCAGAAGGAGGAUGAGCGCCCCCACGUCCCCCAGGCUCUCGAAGUGCACCUCCCGUUCUCCUGCCCCAAGGUGACCAUGCCCAGAACACCUCGUGACAAGGAAGUACAACCCGGUAACAGGGGCUACACAGUACGCAGUGACAUUGAAGAACAUGAGAUUGUAGAGAUUGUGGUAUAA